CUCCAUCCGGUUCCGGCCGGGCCGGAGGCCGCAGAGCCGGCCCCGGGCUCGUACCGGCUGCCCCUGCAGCAGCGGCCAUGGCCGCGGAGGAGACCCGCUCCCUGCUGCGGCACCCGGACCUGGCUCCGGACCCGAGGGUGAGCAACAAGAAGCUGUUCCUCGCCGCCUUCGCCGCUGUCCUGGGACCGCUUAGCUUUGGCUUCGUGCUAGGCUACAGCUCACCGGUUAUCCCGGAGCUGAGGAAAAUGGAGGAUCCGAAGUUAAGGUUGGACAGCGAUCAGGCCUCGUGGUUUGGGUCGAUAGUAACAUUAGGAGCUGCUGCUGGAGGAAUACUGGGAGGCUAUCUGGUGGAUAGAGUGGGGAGAAAGCCGAGUCUAAUGCUGUGCUCGGUGCCAUACGUGUUUGGAUUUACGGUUAUUAUAUCUGCUCAGAAUGUCUGGAUGCUUUAUCUUGGACGAAUACUGACAGGCUUAGCCAGUGGAGUUACCUCACUGGUUGUGCCGGUGUAUAUAUCUGAAAUAUCUCAUCCUAAAGUCCGUGGUAUGCUUGGCUCCUGUGUGCAGCUGAUGGUGGUGACUGGCAUACUGGGAGCCUACAUUGCAGGAAUAGCACUACCAUGGCGCUGGCUGGCAGUGCUGUGCUCCUUCCCAUCCUGCAUAAUGCUCUUGUUCAUGUCCUUCAUGCCUGAAACACCGAGGUUCCUGCUGAGCAGGAGCAGGCGCUCGGAGGCUGUAGCUGCUCUGCGCUUUCUGCGGGGGCCACUUGCGGACCACGAGUGGGAGUGUGAGCAGAUUGAAGCUGGUGUUCAGGAAGAGGGGCUGAAUGUGUCUGAAUUUAAGAACCCCUCAAUCUACAGACCACUUCUUAUUGGUGUAGCUCUAAUGUUCUUCCAGCAACUCACAGGCAUUAAUGCAGUCAUGUUUUAUGCAGAAACUAUCUUUGAAGAUGCAAACUUCAAGGACAGCAGACUGGCUUCUGUUGUUGUGGGUUCCAUACAAGUGUGUUUCACUGCUGUGGCUGCACUUAUCAUAGAUAAAACUGGACGAAAAGUGCUGCUCUACAUAUCUGGGGUAAUCAUGGCUCUCAGUACUGCAUUGUUCGGACUUUACUUUAAAAUGGUCCUUCCAAAUCCAAACAACUCAUCAAAUCCUGAUGUAUGGGCCACUCUAAACUCAGCAUCGCCAGGAACAGAAAGCAGCAUAUCCUGGCUUGCAGUGAUGAGCCUGGGCUGCUUUGUUGCUGGUUUUGCCCUUGGCUGGGGUCCUGUUCCAUGGCUGGUGACAUCCGAAAUCUUCCCACUUAAAGCUAGAGGCGUAUCGAGUGGUGCUUGUGUAUUAACAAACUGGGCUAUGGCCUUCCUGGUAACCAAAGAAUUCAGUGAUUUAAUAGGUUUCUUAACAUCCUAUGGCACGUUCUGGCUCUUCUCUGCCUUCUGCUGCCUCAACAUAGCUUUUACAGCCUUUUACGUUCCUGAAACAAAAGGACAGACUCUGGAGCAAAUCGAGGCCUACUUCAGAAGAUCUUGAGUGCUCCUACUAUCAAUGCUGCAGGUACUCUGUGAAUUUAAAGUGAUGUCCUCUAAGAACAGAAAUAUGAAGCAGAAACUUCAUUAAAAGAAAAUGUGAAAGAUUUCUUUGGCAUACACAUGAUGGAACUCCAUCAGUCGGCUUCUCACUUUUAUUUGUCUGGAGGUUCAGAAGAUAAACUCCAUGUUCUUUGGCUUCCCUCCCCCCAAGGGCUGUCCAGUCUGUUAAGAGUUUUUCAUCAGCAGUGAUUGCCAAGUACCAUGGCAUUUUCAUGCAGUUCUAAAAUGUCAUGUUGAGCUACACCAGACUUACUUUCACAUCUAAGCUGAACGAAGUUUGAACUGACUGUCCAGAGAAAAAUAUAAAGGUGAACACCUACAACUGCCUCAAAGGAGCUAAUAAGUCCCUGGCAACUACAAGCAUCAUACCACAGUGGAUGUUAUUUACACAGGAGAAAAUAAUCACCUUUUGUUCUCUCCAGUUUAUUUUCUCUGCAGUCAUAUUUGCUUCUUAUGAUUUGCUUUGUUUCUAUAUCCUUUUGGACAGCACUGAGUCUGAAGACAAGGAGACGAGAGUCUUUGCCUGAAGGAUGAAGACAGAUGGGACACAGGAAGUUAAAAAAUAUGAUGGUAGUUUGAAAUCUAAUACUUCCAAAGAGAAGCAGCACCUCCCAAACAGAGUUUAUAGAGAAUAUCAUGAGAGUUUUCUGUUAACUGAGUCCUAGUCCUGUCAACCUUUGUAACAAUUACUUAGGACUAUGAGAUACCUGCUCAGAAAGUCUUGCAGCUUUUUGCCAACUCUUGGAAAGUGCACAUUAUAACGGAUGGCUGUGGUUGCUGCCUAGCAAUUGGUAGUUUUUGUCAGUCUAAAGUCCCUAAUAAGUUUGGCAUCUUUGAUACCUGCUGCACUGGUACCUUCUUCAACAGCAUUAAGUCAUUUCCCCUACAUGUCUGCGCAACUGAAUAAACAUAAUUCAGUCAAAGAUA